AUGAGUACCUUUCAGAUUGCUUCCUCCCAACCUAGCAUCUGUUUCAGAAACACGUCUCAAGCUCUCCGUCCAUCUCCAAAGCUUCUUCUUCUUCCAACUUGUUUGCAACCAACCAAUAAUGCAUCCAUUCGGCAACAACGGAUGCCGGUUUUGAAGGCCCAGCAAUGCAGGGUUUUAUCCAAGUACCAUCGAUCUGCACCUGUCUGCUUGUUAGGUGGCAAGGGAAAGAGUGAAAGUGGUGAUGAGAUGGACCAGUCGAUAGAGGAUGUAUUACGUCAGCAGAUUGAAAAGAAUGAAUUUUAUGAAGAGAGAGGAGGUGGUGGUGGUGGUGGUGGCAGUGGCAGAGGCAGUGGCGGUGAUGGUGCAGGUGGUUCUGGAUCAGAGGAUGAAGGCCUUGCUGGAAUCAUGGAUGAAACACUGCAAGUGAUUCUCGCAACCAUUGGAUUUAUUUUUCUGCGUGUCGUUUAUUUGGAAGUGAGAGAUGAAAGACAAGAAACACACAAUGCACGCAAGUGA